CCAAGGGAAUUGACACUCUGGUGUACUAUUUAUUUAUUUAUUGUGGAAUGGUUUAAACUUUAAUUUAAACAUGCUUGGCCUGUGCCUUUAUGUGCCUGUUCCGAAUUCGGAUCCUAUUGAAUUCGAGUAUUAUGAGUCCAAUGGACUACCGUUGGAGCUGAAAUCGCUCUUCAAAUUGAGUGUGUUUCUACCAUCCCAAGAAUGUUCAACUUAUCGGAAAUGGAGAAAGGUAAGACUUGCAGUCUAUUCUUUUACAUAUGUCUUUAUGCUUCGUCGAGGUUCACAGCAAGUUUUACAUUUUGAGUGAUUAAUUUGGCUUUUCCUAAAAACGCACCUACUGCAUAGUGCUGCAUGUAAUCCACCACUUCGGACCAUAAUGUUGAAAGAUUUCUGCAGGAGGAAUUGAAUGCAAAAAUGAUUUAGACCCAUGGAAGUCUGAAUGCAAAAAUGAUUUAGACCCAUGGAAGUCAAGAUAGAACGCAUAAUUUCAUAUUACAGAUUAUGUAGACAGGCUUUAAAAAUCUCUAAAAAUCCCCCCCCCAAAGACUGCGUGACUCACAGAUUCAAGACAUGAAGUUCUUGGCAAAGGUUGGCAUCGUGAUUCGAGCCCUCAUGUCUUCAGGCAUGGGUAUUAGUACCGUGGACAUGUAUCUAUAUCCUUAACGACAAGUCGACCUGCCAACUUGUGCUAAACCCAUCUACCUACCUGGUCUAAAAUAGACUGAGGCAUCAGCAGUUGGGUUGCUGGCCUGGUGUUGAUAUUUGAUCUACCGUCUUGAACUACAGGUAUCUGCCAAAAUAAAGGAAACCCCAAAAGAAGUGUCUUAAUAGGGUGUUGUGCCACCAAGUGCCGCCAGAACACCUUCAAUGCGCCUUAGCAUAGAUUCUACAAGUGUCUGUAACUCUAUUUGAGGGAUGCGACCCCCAUACUUCCACAAUAAAUUCCAUCAUUUGGUGUUUUGUUGAUUGUUGUGGAAAAUGCUGUCUCAAUUGGGUUGAGAUCUGGUGACUGACACACACACACACACACACACACACACACAUCCUUUAACCACUCUAAGCUCCUUUGAGACCCCUCUUUCGAAGUCACUGAUAUCUCUUCUAGCCAAAAUAACGGACAACUGGGCAUUUUUAUACAUGACCCUAGGCAUGAUGGGAUGUUAACUACUUAAUUAACUCAGGAACCACACCUGUGUGGAAGCACGUGCUUUCAAUAUGCUUUGUAUCCCUCAUUUACUGAAGUGUUCCCUUUAUUUUGGCAGUUACCUGUGUGACAACGCUCCCAUAGAGUGCAGUCUUUCUAUCCAUGUUACAGGCCUAAUGUCACAUUUGAAAGUGAAAACACGUUGUUCUCUCUCACACGUGACAAAAUAGUUUUAAAUGAAGGACAGGUUAGCCUAGAUUUGAGUCAACGUCUUUCAACAUAUGGCCUUGGUGGUCUUUGCCUCAAUCAGAGACAUUGUUGAAAGGGUUUGUCUUGGCUGGAUAUUCAGGUGAUGACACCAUUGAGAAAUGCACUGUUUGACAUUAUUCACACAUAACAGUCACCUUACCCUCCUGCCAGGUGCUUCCAUAUAUUCAAUUAGUAUUGUCCCCCUCCAGAUAAGCCCCAGUCUUGGGUUUACUUUUGUGUAGCUCAGUGUAGCUCAGUUGGUAGAGCAUGGCGCUUGCAACGCCCGGGUUGUGAGUUCGAUUCCCACGGGGGGCCAGUAUAGAAAACAUUUUAAAAUAAUGUAUGCACUCACUAACUGUAAGUCGCUCUGGAUAAGAGCGUCUGCUAAAAUGACUAAAAUGUAAAAAAAAUAUACAAAAAAGAUGUAUUUGUUAUUGUCCCUCUAUGGUGUCGGUUAUAAGAAAGCUAUUUUGUUGAUCAUUUCAUUUUUUGCCUCUGCAGAAAGCGGUGAAAAGUGCAGACAAUGACCUGGAUGGGCAGAUGGUCUUUGAGGAGUUUGUUCACUAUUUGCAAGAUCAGGAGAAAGAUCUGAAACUCAUCUUCAAGAACCUGGACAGAAGGAGAGCUGGUAUGCUAUAAUGCACAAAUCAGAUCUUACAGUUUUAGAACAUGCCUAAGCUGCCAUAAAAUACAAAUUUUUGUUCUGAUUCAGGUGGAAUUCUGAUUUGUGAUGAAUUGUCUUCUUCCAUUGUGAUUCAGAUAAAAUUGAUUCUAAGGAGAUCAUGCAGUCUCUCCAGGACCUUGGUGUUCACAUAUCCCAGCAGCAUGCAGAGAAGGUCCUACAGAGGUAAGAUAUUAGGAUGAAGCAGUGUUUCCUUAUGAUUUUGGUCAAUGUUGUGUGUAUAGCUAUUAUUACCAAUUUGAUUCAUAUUCUCAAGAGUUUAUGGUUUUGUUUGAAUCUUUUUUGAAAUAGCAUGGAUAAGAAUGGAACAAUGACCAUCGACUGGAAUGAGUGGAGGAACUACCCUCUGCUACAGCCCAAAGGGAACAACAUCCCUGAGAUCACCCUCUACUGGAAACACUCCACGGUGAGGAAGGAGGGCGGAUGGGGGAGAAGGUGUGAAAUAGCUAUCCACAAAGCAGAGAACACUUCUAUUUAACAUGAAUUUGAGUACAUACACUCUGUAUCCACUGACAAAAGCCUUUACAGUUCAAUAUUGUGAAUGGGAAUGUUAAUCCUAUUACAUAGAUCUACACUGAAUGGGCGUGUGUCACCAAUUAAAGUCUUAUUGGUGACUUUAAUUGGUGUAGGAUAGAAAAGCUCUGAAUAUAAGAUCAUGAUUUAAAAUACUUACAGGUUUAAUUAAUUGUCCCCUUAUAUAAAAUGUCGAUACAGGUUUAAUUAUCCCUUAUGUAAAAUGUUCAUUACGUUUGUAAAGUGGGAGGAGACUAAAAUUAUUCCUUCACAGGACAGUGUGAUCUUGGGCAGCAUGUGGGUGGGGUAUUGAAAUACUGUACGCCUUAAUGAGCGAAGCUGCAUCUAAAUCUUAGCCUGUUUACCUCUCCUAUGUGCCAAGAGCUACAGAACAGCCUUUAUAGGUUGAGCUCCGGCUAAAAAUAUUCAGAAGUACUCCCUUGGAGAUGAGAUGACCACCUAACACAAAGGCCAGGCAAAAUGUCAUGCAGCAUUAACUCUUGAGUCACUUUGGCCUGACUAACUCGUGCCAGUAGUAUUAAUUACACUUAUAUAACAGGUGCUGCCAAUUUCAGAUUUUAACGCCAUUUCUAAGGGCUUGGCUAUCAUUAAAUAGUUUUCAGUUAGUGAUUUGACGCUGGCAUGGUAAAGAUGGAUAGAGCCUGUACUCUGGUAUGGGUCUUUCAAAGGCACCUCUCUAGGGACUUGUACCCUAAGCUAUGUCUGGGGAGUCUCCCUGGCUGACCAAGAUUGUCAUUUUGCAACAAACCGUGUUACAAGGAGGGAACAUUCCCUUCAGUCAUUCCCUUCACUCUGGUAUGGGUCUUUCAAAGGCACCUCUCUAGGGACUUGUACCCUAAGCUAUGUCUGGGGAGUCUCCCUGGCUGACCAAGAUUGUCAUUUUGCAACAAACCGUGUUACAAGGAGGGAACAUUCCCUUCAGUCUUUACCCUUAUAAUAUCAACAGUGCAUGUCAAGUCUGAACCACGGCAUUAAAGCAGAAGCAUCCUUAUGUUUUCUCUGGUUUGAUGUCAGAUUACACAGCAGUGUCCCAGAAAUAACAGAACAGGAAACGUACAGAAUCCAACUUGCUUCCUAACUCAGAACAUUAAGUCCACUCUGACCUAAAGCCUCAUAACCUGUAGACCUAUGCUCUGAAGGGGUAAGCGCAGAAUCUCCUCUGACGCACAUUUAGCUGUCAAUACUGCUUGUCCCUAGUCACCUCUAGGUGAAUGGUUAGUGUAAACAUGGGGCUGUAGAAAUCCCACACACUGAAAAUGUCAGGUCACCACUUCCUUAUAGCUUGACUAAACUUGGCGUUGCAACUGCUUGGAUAACUAAUGUAUUUUGGGACAAAGUAAAUGGGCUAAUAGUGGAUAAUUAUACUAAUGUUGUAUAUCUUUCUGCUCUCUCUAGCUGUUUGAUGUAGGUGAGAAUCUGAUGGUGCCUGAUGACUUCACAACAGAGGAGAAACUGACAGGGAUGUGGUGGAGGCAUCUGGUUGCAGGCGGAGGUGCAGGAGCAGUGUCCCGAACAUUUACCGCCCCUUUAGACCGACUCAAAGUACUCAUGCAGGUAAGAAGCCCUUGAUCUACUGUCUUAAUAGAUACAUCACAGCCCUGUAUUCCCAACAACAGUUCAAGGCCUAGGAAUGGUACACCUUGCCCUCAAUUACCUAUUCAUUGUUGAGUGAAAGUGGGCAUCUUCUGUAACCUGUAGGCACAUAACAGAACUGUUGCAAGAGCGAUUACCUAAGAGUCAUAAAUGGGUUAAUGAGUACGUAAAUUAGUUUGAGAGUACAUGUGUCAGAACAGGGGGCAAGAGUCCUAGGGGCUGUUUGUUCUCCCCGGCUCAUCCAACUGACCAAUGACUGUGGCUGAGAACCAGCACACCUUCUCUGUUGAGAUGUGAUUGGCUGCAGCAGCAGAUGAGUCAGAAGUGAGUAGAUCAGAUUUUACGUGAUAGCAAAUUGUGGACCGCCGAUUGACGUCAGUGGGUCUGUUUGAACAGGUCGUCUAGAGUCAUCUGUCGGUUGGUACAACUGACCCCAGUACACUUUGACUUGUUCCACAUUGAUUCCCCUGUUAAGCAAAUAUACUCACAUUCUCAGAGCUAAUGCCUCAUUACUUAAAUAACUUAAUAAAUGUUUUGAGAAGAAAAGGCCCAAUUUCAGAGUUGAAAUAAGCUUGCACAACAUAGACUUUCGUGUAAAUCAUUAAUUGACGUCAAUGGGAGACUUGCAUGAACAUUUCAGUUAAGCGCACUGAUCUCAAGUCAGAAUACGGCCCUAAUUAUCUCAUUGGUAAUGUGACUUCUGUAUGAUAAACAUUGAUAUUCUUGGUUUGUCAGGUCCAUGGUUCCCGUAGCAACAACAUGUGCAUCAUGAGUGGGCUCACCCAGAUGAUCAAAGAAGGUGGGAUGAGGUCUCUGUGGAGAGGGAACGGAAUCAACAUCAUCAAAAUUGCCCCCGAAUCCGCGAUCAAGUUCAUGGCCUAUGAGCAGGUACUACAUGCAAUGCAACACCUGCUCCUAUAUCAUUUUUCUUAAUUUAGAGACGGUUUGGACUCAUAUAUACUACCAGUCAAAAGUUUGGACACAUCUACUCAUUCAAGGGUUUUUAUUUAUUUAUUUUUAAAUUGUAGAAUAAUAGUGAAGACAUAAACUAUGAAAUAACUCAUAUGGAAUCAUGUAGUAACCAAAAGUGUUAAACAAAUCAAAACACUCUUGGCAUUCUCUCAACCAGCUUCAUGAGGUAGUCACCUGAAAUGCAUUUCAAUUAACAGGUGUACCUUAAGUUAAUUUGUGGAAUUUUUUUAUGCGUUUGUGCCAAUCAGUUGUUGUGACAAGGAAGGGGGGUAUACAGAAGAGAGCCCUAUUUGGUAAAAGACGAAGUCCAUAUUAUGGCAAGAACAGCUCAAAUAAGCAAAGAGAAAUGACAGUCCAUCAUUACUUUAGGACAUGAAGGUCAGUCAAUACAGAACAUUUCAAGAACUUUGAAAGUUUCUUCAAGUGCAGUCGCAAAAACCAUCAAGUGCUAUGAUGAAACUGGCUCUCAUGAGGACCGCCACAGGAAAGGAAGACCCAGAGUUACCUCUGCUGCAGAGGAUAAGUUCAUUAGAGUUACCAGCCUCAGAAAUUGCAGCCCAAAUACAUGCUUCACAGAGUUCAAGUCACAGACACAUCUCAACAUCAACUGUUCAGAGGAGACUGUGUGAAUCAGGCCUUCAUGUUCGAAUUGCUGCAAAGAAACCACUACUAAAGGACACCAAUAAGAAGAUACUUGAAGGAAAAGUAGCCAACAAGUGCUCAGAAUAUAUGGGAACUCCUUCAAGACUGUUGGAAAAGCAUUUGAGGUGAAGCUGGUUGAGAGAAUGCCAAGAGUGUGCAAAGCUGUCAUCAAGGCAAAGGGUGGCUAUUUGGAGAUACUCAAAUAUAAAAUAUAUUUUGAUUAGUUUAACACUUUUUUUGGUUACUACACAAUUCCAUAUGUAUUAUUUCAUAGUUUUGAUGUCUUCACUAUUAUUCUACAAUGUAGAAAAUAGUAAAAAUAAAGAAUAACCCUUGAAUGAGUAGGUGUGUCCAAACGAGUGUGUGUGUGAGAGAACUCACUCAUCUAAAUUCCCUAUGUGACGACCAUGUUCUAACAGUUUGUCCUAUCUCCUCCCCUCUCUCUCCUUUCAAUGGUCACUCUGGCUUAGAUCAAGCGUUUGAUUGGCAGUGAUAAGGAGACACUUAGCAUCCUGGAGCGUUUUGUAGCUGGCUCUAUGGCUGGAGUUAUCGCUCAGAGCACCAUCUACCCCAUGGAGGUGAGCAGCCAUCAAUCAUCACCCUCUAGCAUUACAAUUAGAUCUGGAAUGAUUACAUCAGGAUAAGGACAAACAUUUAUGAUUUUAUAUGCAAAUAAGUUCGUAAUGCCAAUGUUUUCACUCCGAUUACAUUCCACCUGCUAGAUUUUCAAAGUUGUUUUUAUUUCUGCUCACCAGGUUCUGAAAACACGGCUUGCCCUGCGAAAGACUGGUCAGUACUCAGGCAUCUCUGACUGUGCAAAGAACAUCUUCAGGAGAGAGGGACUGGGUGCCUUUUACAAGGGCUUUAUCCCCAAUAUGAUGGGCAUCAUCCCCUACGCUGGAAUCGACCUGGCUGUGUAUGAGGUAAGAGGAGACCCAGAGAAGGCUGUUUUCACUGCAUUGGAUGCUCCAUUUGGAAUCGUCUCUGACUAUGCUCCUUUUUCCACAGACAUUGAAGAACUCUUGGUUAGAGAAGUAUGGCACCAACAGUACUGACCCGGGAGUGUUAGUUCUGCUUGGAUGUGGCACAGUCUCCAGCACCUGUGGUCAGCUGGCCAGCUACCCCCUGGCCCUUGUCAGGACCCGCAUGCAGGCACAAGGUGAGACCUUCAACAAUGCACACCUAAUUUACACUGCUUAUUGGAAUAUUUUCAUUUUAUUAAAUGACUACAUGUUUUGCUGUUCCUUGGCUCUAUUGCCAUUUAUCUCCUAUAGCCAUGCUGGAGGGCAGCCCACAGAUGACAAUGUCAGGGCUCUUCAAACAAAUCAUCCAGACAGAAGGGGCCACUGGCCUCUACAGGGGCCUGGCCCCUAACUUCCUGAAGGUCAUUCCAGCUGUCAGCAUCAGCUAUGUGGUGUACGAGAACCUGAAGACGUCGCUGGGAGUUAAGUCGCGAUGAGGUGACUCACAACAUCUGAAUGGAUCAACUGCUCAGAGUUGGGGGAGGGCGGGAAGAGACCCCUCAGAGUUGAGGCUAAGGAAUCUCAGAGACUCUUGGUACUUGAGGUUUAUGGAGCCAUCUCAUUCUGUGAAUGCCAGAAGAUGGAGAACAAGGGACAACAGAAUGAAAUGGAAUUGACUCUGAGCUGAAAAGGAGGGAAGGGGGAGCUUCUCUCAAUAUUGCUAUUGCUGCUAUUAUUUAAUAGUUUAUUUUAGAAGAUCAAUUGUUGCGUUGUGACCAGAAUUCUAUAAGGAAUGUUGGUUAAAUAGCUACUCAACUGAAUGAGUAACUCUAUAAUUGGGGACCAAUUAUUGUUCUUGUUGCCAGUUUGUGGUAGAGUGCCUCUGUGAGAAUGUUCCUGUCUCUCUAUGGUUUCACUCAGUAAAUCAGGUUGUGCAACAGUUCAAACUGCACAAGUCUCCUUAAGUAGAAACUACUUCAGUUAUGCCCAAUGCAAAAAACGUUUUUGGAUUAACAUGAUGUAUUAAGACAUUUUCCUUAGCAUUAACAGGUUUUCUGACUAGUUAUUGGUUCUCUCCCCACAUCUGCUUUUGUCUUUGCCUGAUAUGAAAAUUAUAUUCAUUAAUAUUCCCCUGUAUGUAGGCAAUUGGACAAAAGCGCAUGUGGUGAAUAUUUUCCCUUCUCACUUAGUACAGAUGAACAAUUUAUUCGCACUGCCAUUUCUGACUGAAUGACGCUGUAUUUCUGAUUUGAGUUAAGUAUUUAUUGAUGUCCAUAUCGAUCUAAUAUUUAUUUCUGUUUUUUGUUUGUCUGGAGAUUACAUCGUUACGUUUUUGUUCAGAACACGGCAGUAACUGGCUUUAUGUUCAUAAGUUUGAUUGUUAUGGUUAACUAACUGAAGAGCCAUAUUAUGUAUGAAUAAGUGGGUGUGUUUGCAAAAUAAGAUCACAUGAGUUUUCAAUUAUUGCUUGAGUCAAUUUUGCAUAUAUUUGUCCUCUAUUGGUUGUUUAUUAUCGAAAUUAAUUGCUUCUGUGUUGAGGGCAAAUCUAUGUAUGUAUUUGAGUUCUUGUGACGGUCAGAACAGUCUUGGUUUUCAGGUCACUUAAUCAAUGUCUUUGUACCUAAAACCAAAACUUGAUUUUAGAGCUUUGAGUAGAUUGAUGAGUAACACUAAUGUACUUUAAUGCUGGAGACACAUUUGAAGGUUUUGCAUUACCUUUAGAUACAAUGUGGGAAAUCACUUAAACUUUGGUUAAACCUUUUUUAAUGGACCAUUUGGUACAAUGUUCUUUGAGCAAAUUAAAAGUAUUGUAUAAUA